AUGAACAAUGUCAUGAUCCCCAAGGACGAGCAGUCUGCCCAGGAUCUGGAGUUCAUGGACCAAGCCAUUGUCAUGGUACGUCCGUACACCUUGUCGCUGUGUGGUGCUUGAGCUUCGCACGCACCGACCUCUUCCCCACCUUCCCUUCUUGACCACCUCAUCCUCCGCGUUCAGGCCGAGGAAGCGUUCAGCGUAUCCGAAAUCCCCGUCGGCUGCGUAUUCGUCUACGACGACCAAAUCAUCGCGCGCGGUCGUAACCGUACCAACGAGCAACGCAACGGUACCUCCCACGCCGAAUACGACGCCCUACGUACGAUCCUCCCCUCGCUCAAGACCCAAACGGCGUUGGACAUGACCCAGGUCACGCUUUACGUUACUGUGGAACCUUGCAUCAUGUGCGCGAGCGCGUUGAGACAAGUUGGGAUCGGCAGGGUCGUGUAUGGGUGUUCGAAUGACAAAUUUGGCGGCACGGGUGGGGUUGCGGAUAUUCAUAACGAGUUUGAGUUAUGGCAUCGAGAGGAUCUAGUGAUGUGAUCGUAUCGAACUGACUUCCCCGCGAAAUUUUCCCACCAGUCCUCGGUUGAUUUACGCCCCACCGUAUGAAGCCGUCGGCGGUUACCGAAGAGAAGAAGCGAUCAUGCUCCUGCGGCGAUUCUACAUUUCAGAAAACACAGCAGGUAAGGCACUCCGUCCACCUCGGAUAUUCCCGAUGAGCCGAUGAGCCGACAAGCUGACUCACGACCUCGGUCAUUCCAGCGCCCAAUCCGAAAAAGAAGUCGAAUCGAGUGCUCAAGCACGUCAUCGACGAGAUCCCCACUCCGACAAGUAGGACACAAUCGCCAGCCGGGUCCGAUUCGGGUGCGAGGUAG